CUUGGUUCCUUUUAUCAUUUUGGCCUCGACAACAUUUUCACCUCACAGCUCUCUCGCUAAUCCGGCUCUCAAUGCGUCAAGUAUGAGGCAUGAUCGUUCGUUCGGUGCCGGUCUCCUCAUAUCUCGGCCUCGGUGUCCCCUUUCAUCAUGCGCAUCCCGCCCUAAGAUGCUGUAUACCUCGAGCUUCCCGAGGGGCACGCGGCCGACGUCCCUUCUCACACUCUCCCUGCCUGCAGCAGUCCAGCGGUAACACCUCUGUUAACCACUACGAUGUCCUUAGACUCCCCAUGCAGGCCACUCCGGCCGAGCUGAAACGGCAGUUCUACGUUCUCUCCAAGGAGACGCACCCUGACGUAAAUCAAAACGACCCCAAGGCUUCGGAGCGCUUCGCGCAGAUAAGCGAGAGUUACUCUGUUUUGGCAGAUCCGGAGAAGCGCAAGAGGUAUGACCGUGACGUUAUGAGGGCCCAUCAUCCGCACCACCGCGGUCACAGCAGCCACGGCCAACGAUCACAGGGAGGGACAUAUGCGGGCCACAGACCGGCUAGUGGUUUGAGCAAGCGAAGAAGCACCUUCAAAGGACCGCCGCCAUCGUUCUAUGCACAUGGAAACCCAUCCGCGCGGACACAACAGAGAGCUGAUGCGCGAACGCAGGGUCAGCAGACUGAAGGAGAGGAAUACAUGGCUGGCACUUUCAACGCGGGCGCAUUCUCAGAGGGAGGACCCGCCUUUGAUACCAGGUCGACCUUCAAGACACAGACACACGAAGACUACCGCCGCGCCAAUCGACGAGCGGCGGAACUCGCGGCGGCGCAGGCUGCAGUAGAGGAGGACAACUUCUGGGCGCGCUUCAUCGUGGUGUCCGGAAUUAUCGUUUUGGGGGUCUCCGUCGGAACAUUGAUUAUACACAUGGCCAACACACCUCGCGGAGGCGGGCUCAUUCGAGGAGAUGGCAGUCGAAGGGACGGGGCCAGGAAUGAAUGGACGAAAGGCUAGAAGUCCAUCGCCACCCAGUCCUGAAAGCAGAACCUGCAGACGCGAAGCCUGGGGCUCGCGAGCUAGUAGUCGCACAGUCUGCAGGCGAAGCCUCCCACCACGACUCGAGUUUUCCGUGCUCCGUUUCAGCGGAUGGGUUCAUCAACUUCCGAGCGCUGUCAAAUGAGCUCGGCGACUCGGCGCAGGAAAAGAUAUCCUCACCAAAGCAUCUACUCCUAGAAAUGGGGUGUGUGAGCGAUCGGAAAGGGGCAGACGGAGGAGUCGGACGUUACAUAUGGGACUAGAAUCACGGGUCUGAGACUUCGCGCGCGACGCCUGGUGUAGCGUGGAUUGGAUUGUACAACAAUAGACAGAGUGUUCAGAUGAAUAUAUGGGUCUACAUCGCCUUUGAUGGGGUGGCAGUUUUGAUGAUCCGUUGGCCUACACCAACCAAACUAUGAGAGGAAAGCAAAUAUGUAAGUCGGAAGAGUCGAUGUAGAGGCGACGAUUUUGGCCAAGGUGAUUUCUUGAGCUUCCUGCCAUAGUACGAUGCGAUAAAUC